GUCUAAUGUAGUGGACGGGACACUUCCUCAACAGUAAAACAACAGUAGGUCGGCAACCUCCGUAGCCAAAAACAUCAAAUGUUUUUAGCCUGUUUUGAUGUACAUUAGUCACUGUGUUUUAAACAUAUUUCUGUUUUGUUUACUUGUUGGUCCAUUUAAUGUACUAUUUACGUUGUUUGUCAGGUAGCUGGCUUGCUAAGUUAGCUUUGCACUAGGCUAAUCGCUAAUGCUAAGUAGCUAGCGAGCUAACAUCCCCGAUCAUGAGUUCACUUAGCUACUCCACUCCUGCUGAAGAAGAGGGGGUCUGCUGGACGGAGAAAGAAGAAGAGGCUGUCACAGUUAAACAAGAAGUAGAGGAUGAGGCUGUUACAGUGAAAGAAGAAGAUAAAGAAGUUACUGUGACAGAGAAAGAAGCUUUCGAAGUAAAAGAGGAGGAGGAAGGAGUUUUCAGAGUGAAAGAGGAGGAGGAAGGAGAGGAAGAGGGGCAGAUUACUUUCACGUUGAAAGAGGAGGAGGAAGGAGAGGAAGAGGGGCAGAUUACUUAUACGUUGGAAGAGGAGGAAGAAGAGGGGCAGAUUACUUUCACGUUGAAAGAGGAGGAAGAGGAGGGGCAGAUUACUUUCACGUUGAAAGAGGAGGAAGGAGAGGAAGAGGAGACGGGAGAUCUAAGUAAAACCAGAGAGCGACCAGACUCUCAUUCUGACAGCGGGGAGAGUCAUUCAGGGGAACCAGACCCAGAGACGUCCAAACCAGCGAGACGACACCACUGCUCCCAGUGUGGAAAAAGUUUUAACCGAUCACAACACCUGAAAUUACAUGAGAGAACACACACCGGAGAAAAGCCCUACCACUGUUCCCAGUGUGGAAAGAGUUUUAGUCAGUUAGGGAGCCUGAAAGGUCAUAAGAGAACACACACAGGAGAAAAGCCUUACCACUGUUCCCAGUGUGGAAAGAGUUUUAGUCAGUUAGGGAGUCUGAAAAGUCAUAAGCGAAUACACUCUGGAGAGAAGCCUUACCACUGCUCCAAAUGUGGAAAGGCAUUUACAUGGUUAGUGGGCCUGAAAAUGCAUGAGAGGACGCACACAGGAGAGAGGCCUUACCACUGUUCCCACUGUGGAAAGAGUUUUAGGUUGUUAGGGAUUCUGAAACUGCAUGAGAAAGCACACACACGAGAGAAGUCUUACCCCUGUUCCCAUUGUGGAAAGAGUUUUAGGUGGUUAGGGUCCCUGAAAACACAUGAGCGAGUACACACACAAAAAAAGGAAAAGCUCUACCAAUGUUCACUGUGUGGAAUGAGUUUUACCCAGUUAGAAGCCUUGAAUAGGCAUGACAGGACACACACACGAGAGGAGAAGCCCUACCACUGCUCCCAGUGUGGAAAGAGAUUUAAUUGGUUAAGGCAGCUGAAUAAGCACGAAAGAAUACAUACACAGGAGGAGAAGACAUACCACUGCUCUCAGUGUGGAAAGACAUUUUCCCAGUUAGAGGACCUGAAAUCUCAUGAGAGAAUCGAGAGCCUGUGUUCUGACUUGAGUUUUUGACUGAUCAUUUGUGUUUUUGUCUAAUCCUCAUGAAAUUAAAAUCAUUUUGCUUUUGUUUUUUUCAUUUCGAGACAUGAUCAUGUCUAAUGUCAGAUUACAUAUUUUAAAAUGUCUAUUGAGUUUUGAUGAGCUUUGUUAGAUUGGAUUGAUACAAGUAUAAACCCUCUGUUGUUCAUCAUAUGCUUUUCAUAUUGCAAAAUGUACAUGCAUAUAUAUAUAAGCAAGUAGCUGUCACGUAGAGUAGAGCCAGAAGGCCAAACUGGAAAACCUAAACCUCAAUCACAAUAAAAAGAUGUCGGAGGAGCAAAAGGUC